AAAAAUCUCUGUCAACCGCUCGAUCUGAUCGUCCCCUACAAUUCUUUUCUUCCACUAAAAUCAACAGGUUGUUUGACUAAAAAUCUCUGUUCUCCAAAGCUGAAACUCUCUGUAUUGCUCGCUCUCAGAAUUCAUAAAAAGAAAGAUAUGUGGUUCUGGACCUUCUUUCAAGGGAUUCUGCUGUUUGCAAAUGCCUUUGCAAUUCUGAACGAAGAUCGUUUUCUUGCUCGGAGAGGAUGGACAUUAGCAGAGAUGUCGAGAGAAAGAAGAAGCACGCUCAAAGGCCAGGUAAUUGGGCUCAUCCAUGCAUGUCAAUUCUUGAGACUUCCACUCAUUCUUCUCAAUAUCAUCACCAUCAUCGUCAAGCUCUUCUCUGGUUGAUUAAGUAUAUAACGCGAAAGAAAACCCUGUAUAUUUCUGUAUCUUGAAGCAUCACAUAUUCGAAUUUUACUUGUAAUAUGUUUGACUCGAGCUUUUGCUCUUAAUUUGGCUUUCAUUUUCGUUAUCAACCCACUUUCUGAGUACAUUUCUAAGAAUCAUCCAGCAUAUUCAGUGGCCUUAAAA